GAUAAAAGUACCUCGGCUGGUCUAUUACUAUAGUAAUAUAUAUGAGUGUCUAUAGCUCGAAUACACAACUGGGAAGCGUGUAGGAAGACGUCAAUGAUUUAUAAAUAUAAUCAUCAAUGAUUAGCUUGUAAUGCUACACUGUUCGUCAGGACGGACGAUUUCAUUCAUACCAUAAUAAUUAUUUCUGAAUAGGUGUUGUCUGAGGAUGGCUUAUCAGGGUGGUUAUCCUGGGCAGCAGUACGGAGGCUACGGUCAACCACAAGGUGGCUAUCCGGGCCAAGCACCCGGCGGUUACGGUGGAUACGCUCCACCUCAACAACCGGGCGUAAGUCCCGAAAUUCAAAACAUCUUCCGCAAUGUAGAUAAGGAUGCCUCGGGGAAAAUCAAUGCAAAAGAACUUCAAGCUGCUUUGAUUAAUGGCCGUGGGGAUCACUUUUCCGACACUGCGUGUACCUUGAUGAUUGGUAUGUUUGACCAAGACCGCAGCGGUACAAUUGAUAUUUAUGAAUUUGACAAAUUGUAUACCUACAUAAAUCAAUGGCUUCAAACAUUUAAAACAUAUGAUCGUGAUGCAUCUGGUCAUAUCGAGGAAGGCGAGCUGGCCCAAGCUUUAUCUCAAAUGGGAUUCCGUUUUUCGCCUCAGUUUAUUCAGUUUUUAAUUGCAAAAAAUGAUCCAGUUCAACGCAAGGAAAUAUCGGUCGAUCAAUUCAUCGUCACGUGCGUUCAAAUUCAACGAUUCACCGAGGCAUUCCGAGCGAGAGAUAGCGAGCAGAAGGGUGUCAUAACUAUUGGUUUUGAGGAUUUCCUCAAUAUUGCCCUGACGACAUCGACGUAAACUGGAGCUACCUGUUCAGAGGCGCUUGCAUGCAAAACCACUAUUAAAACUAUUAAGUUUAUAUCUGGACACUAGCAACUUGCUGGUGUUAUCCGGAAGAAGCUAACAUGGUUGCAUUUGAGCAUAAUUGGCAUUUUGAAUCUAUAUUAAAGAAUAAAUAUUAAAGAUAUUAUUUUCACAUGCAUACCCUAAA